CAGUACCGUUUGUUAGUUGGAUCAUAGCCGGCAAGAGAGAUGGCUCAACUGAAUCCAUCCAGCGUUCUGGUAACCGGGGCCAAUCGGGGACUUGGCUUGGAGCUGGUCAGGCAGCUGGUGGAGAAGAACAACCCCCCAAAAUGGAUCUUUGCCACUUGCCGGGACCCAGUGGGACCCCGCGCUCAGGAUCUGAAGAAUUUGGCUGCUGAACACCCACAAAUUGUCAUCAUCACAUUGGACACAAAUGAUCCAAGCAGCGUUAAGGAUGCUGCAGCCAAAGUCACAGAACAUCUGAAGGGGGCUGGACUGAACCUGCUGGUUAACAACGCAGGAAUUUUAAAACUGAGCACCAUAGAGACAGAAACGCCAGAAAACAUGUCGGAGGUAUACAAAACCAAUGUCAUCGGGCCCAUGAUCGUCAGUCAGGCGUUCCUUCCCUUGUUAAGGAAAGCAUCCCAAAAAAGUCCGCAGAAAGGCAUGAGCUGCAGCAAAGCAGCCAUCCUCAACGUAACUAGCGAGUGUGGCUCCAUGACAAACCUCUUUGCCUGGAAUAUGAAUGAGCUGAUCUCUUAUCGUUGCAGCAAGUCUGCUCUGAACAUGCUCACUCGAUGCCAGUCCAUGCACUUUGCCAAAGAGGACAUUCUGUGCAUUACAUUGCACCCUGGAUGGGUGCAGACUGACAUGGGAAACGAAUUGGGAUCACCCCCACUGACAAUGGAGCAGAGUUUGAGAGCUAUUGUGAACACCCUUGGCCAUCUCUCUGAGAAAGAUCAUGGCACGUUUGUUAACUGGGAAGGGAAACUUAUUCCCUGGUGAGAUAAUCUGCUUCACUGUACUGCAGAAUAAAGUUGUCAUCAAGGGCAAUGCAGCUUUACGCCUUCAGCGCAUAGUGUAUCCUGUUCUGCUGUAUGUGCUCCAGUUCUCCCUUUCUUUAGUUACUCUGCCCAUAAAACCUUGCUCGCUCAGAUCCUCCAGGCCCUGUUUGAUCUGAACUGAUCUUCCAAGUAUCACUGCAGAAGACUGCUAAAGCGUCCACUUCUGUCUUGCAAGCUGAAGAUAAUUUUUUUCUCUCCAGACCUCUGGAAUCUAAACCACACAGAUGGGAAAUCCCUGACGUCAUUGCAAUUGGGAGUAAUAUUCUGGAAAGAGAACAUGUGUCAGAGUGAAAUCUUAGGGCAGAGAAUUGGUUGAAUUGAAGACGCGUUCAAAUAGAAUAGAACAGAAUAGAAUUCUUGGUUGGCCAAGU